UUCAUUCGUCGUCUUCUUCAAAAAAACACAAAACACAAAACAGUUAAAGAGACAUAAUCUCUCUUUUUCUUCUUUUGUCUCUUCUUCUCUCAUUCUUCUUUAAUCCUCUUUAUCGAUCAAAUCAUGCAUAAAUCCAAAAGAAACCCGUCAUUCUCCUCCACUCUCCUCGAUGAAAUCUACAAUUCCAUCGAUCCUAAAACCCAAAAAACACAAUCUUUUGUCGGUUCUGUUAACACUACUACCAAAAAACAGAGCAUUGUCACAAGAUCGGUUCCUGACCGGAAAAUCCACCGUGAUCGUUUCUUUGGCUCUGUAUCUUCUUCCUCUGAUUCCAACUCUAGUAUUUUCUCAUCUUCCGACACCGAACUAACUCACGGUAAGAAGACAACUUCUUCUAGGCCGUUAUGUUUCGGUCCUUCUAAGACAAAACCAAGAAAAACAGAGGACAAAACUCUGUUUCACCAAAACAGAGCAACCCGAGUAUACGACGACUACAAUUACGCCUCUGACGUCCCCAAAUUCACGAGACACGAAGAGAAUUGGGAGAAUCCGAGAAACAGAAGAUCAGUGAAGAGCUCUGCAAACCAAAAGAAGCCAAAAACUCCAGCUUCACCAGGAGGACGAAUCGUUAACUUCAUAAAUUCGUUGUUUAGCACCAAUUCAAAACAAUCCAAUGCCGUUAAGAGUUAUCCAAGGAAGACGAGUUACGACGAUUCUGCUUUCGUUAGGAAAACAAGUAAUGAUUAUCAUUCAUCUACUACUACGUGUUCUUCAGCUUCUUCUUUCUCAAGGUCUUGUAUGAACAAAGGCUACGAGAAAUCAUCUGAUCGUAUCAAACGAAGCGUUAGGUUUUCUCCGGUCAAUGUUAUCGUCCCCGAGAGCUUUACAAGCAAAGAAGAAGAUUAUUUCAGUAACGGUAACAGUAGGAAGUCGGUGAAGAAGAAUGUGGAAGAUGGAGGGAGGAGGUCAGUGGAGGAAAUAGCGAGAGAGUUUUUGAGAGAUUAUCACAAGAAUCAUGAAAACAGUUUGGUCAAGAAUAAUGGUUUUGAGGAUUAUGAAGAUGAUGAUGAAGACGAUGAUGAUGAUGAUGUUGCAAGUGAUUCGAGUUCGGAUUUGUUUGAGCUGGAUUUAGUUGGAAAUCAUCAUCAUAAUGUGUACGGAGAUGAACUUCCUGUGUAUGAAACCACUUUUGCUGGUUUGAUCUUGUGAAACUUUUUCUCUUUUUUUUUGUUUUUACUUUAGAUUUUCGUUUAAUAAGUUUUAUUAAUCCAUGUGAUUGUUGAAAAAAGAAAAAGAAAUCGCAUGUGAUUCUCUACGUUUGUGUUUGAUUUUGUAACUAUGUUGUGUUAUAAAUUUUGUGUUUGUAA